CAAUAACCAAACCCCUACUUUGAAGAACAAAUUGGUAGAAACCAACCAUGUCUUCUACCCAAUUCAACAUGUCGAAUUUGGACUUCGACGAGCAUCGAUGGCUGAUUAACAUCCGUCGAACAGUUGAAGAAGAGGUUGAAGACGAGAGGGAAAUCCCAGUCUCCAUUUUCAAUGUUCCCAAAUCAUUGAUGUCUAGUGAUCCAGAUUCAUAUACUCCUCAAGUAGUAGCUCUUGGCCCUUACCAUUAUUUUCGCCCCAAUCUCUAUGAAAUGGAGAGGUACAAGCUUGCCGCAACCAAGAUGACCAAGAAACAGCUCCAGAGCGAGAAAUUCAAGCAACUUGUUGAUCAAUUGGUGAACCUGGAGCUUAGAAUUCGAGCCAGCUACCACAAGUUUCUGGACUUCAGCCAUGAAACGUUAGCGUGGAUGAUGGUAGUUGAUGGUUCAUUCUUGCUCGAGAUUCUCCAUGUCUAUGCUGCGAAAGAAGGCAAAGUAGUACUCACAAGAACUCCUUCAAAAUUGUCGCAUUUGGUGGGAAAAGCAGGCAGAGCAUCGGGUUACAACGCGAUUCUUAGAGACAUGGUGAUGCUGGAGAAUCAGAUUCCACUGUUUGUGAUUCGAAAACUAGCUGAAGUUCAAUUGUCAUCGCUGGAAAUGGCCGAUGAUACGCUGCGUCCCAUGUUAACUGGAUUAUGCAAUGACCUUUCCCCAUUCAAGAUAACAGAGGAAAUACCAGUGAUCAAUGUUUCCAAGAGUGCUCAUUUGCUUGACUACUUGUACCACACGAUCGUCCCCAUAGUUGAAGAAUCGUUGGAGAUAACUGAGAUAGAGGAACUAGUCGAAGCCAUGGAAGACAAAGAAGAAGCUCAUGCAAAUCAAACAAAUUUAAAGAAAAUCAUCAAGGAGAUACGGAAAAUCGCCUCGAAACUAAACAUCAAGGGUCCUGUUCAUCUCAUUAAAAGAUUGCUUCUGUCUAAGCCAUUCAAGUUUGUACUCAAAUUGCCAUGGAGAAUCCUCUCAAACCUUCCAGGGUUUUCAAUCCUCAAAGGGCUUAUUUCACAGAUGUUCGUCUUCUCGCAAAGCAAAGAAGCGGCCAAACCAGAAGAUGGCAUCUCCGACAUCGAAAAACCACCACUGGUGGAGGAAAUAGCAGUUCCUUCUGUGUCCGAGCUCAGCAAAUCCUGUGUCCGGUUCUUACCCACAAAUGGUAACAUUUUAACAAUAAGUUUUGAUGUCAAGACAGUUACAUUUUAUCUUCCUGUGGUUACAUUAGAUAUGAAUACUGAGGUUGUGUUGAGGAACUUGGUGGCUUACGAGGCAUCGAGCGAGUCGGGACCGUUGGUUUUUACGCGAUAUACAGAAUUGAUGAAUGGGAUUAUUGAUAAUGAGGAGGAUGUGAAGUUGCUUAGAGAGAAAGGGAUCAUUGUGAAUCGUCUAAAGAGCGAUGAAGAGGCGGCGAAUCUGUGGAAUGGUAUGAGCAAGUCUAUUAAGCUCACAAAAGUGCCAUUCUUGGAUAAAACAAUUGAAGAUGUGAAUAAGUAUUACAAUAGCAGAUGGAAGGUUAAAGCUAAGAGAAUGAUGAAGCUGUAUGUGUAUGGUUCUUGGCCUAUCCUCACACUGCUUGCUGCCAUUGUUCUUCUGGUUCUCAUGGGACUACAAGCUUUUUGUUCAGUCUAUACCUGUGGUAAGGUAUUCAAAAUUGAGAAUAUCUCUGAAAAUUAGUAACGCUGCAUGAAUAUUUUGUGUCCUUUCACUUGUUAUUGUAGUUGUUGAUAUGUUUCCUGUUUUUGUGUGAACAAAAUGUGUAGUUUUUUUUCUUUUUCUUUUAUGGAAAAGUAUAAGAAGAUGAGUUUGUUUGGGAGUGUA